GACGCGAUGGAGAUCCGUCUGCGGGCGAACUGGAAGCCGGUGCCGGUGCCGGUGCGACGCGUGUGCACGCUGACGGUGCUGCUGUGCGUGUGCCCGCCGUGCUGCCAGGCCAGCUGGAUGUGAGUAACCGCGUGCGCUCGCAUUUCUGACAACUCGAAGCUGUCAAUGUUUCCCCCUCGGCGACCAUUUUUUUUUUGUCAUGAAGAAAAUAAGUGCAUUUGAAAAGGGUUACCGGCACUUUAUAGUUCAGCUUUAAAACGAGCUACAAACCGGAUUUGUAUGGCUUGGAUUGUUUUUGCUUCCAAACUAGAAACGCUGGGAAAGGAAACUGCCGAAGCAGCGAUUCCCAAAUAAACACGCAGGAAUAAAAUAGGAAGAUUUGAAGAGAUUCAUGCGAAAGAAGAAUUGGGUGUCGCAUGUGGAUCCAAGUCCAAAGUAGUCGAAUUGCGCUACUUUUCAGAACGCGGGAUGGAACGCAUUUGGAAAGUUCCGAAGUGGACGGCCAAUGAUGGUCUCGAGCGCCGGUAUUGAGAGAAAAAAGAAGGUUUGUUCGCUUCAAUCGUACUUUUGAAAAUUGAUGCAUGCAAAUCAUAGCGACGAUGAGAUUUCAACAUUUCAAGUGGAAUUUCCGCGACUUGAAUUAUUUAUGGUGGCGAAGCGGCGUCAAGACUGCGAAGGAUAUCGAACGGAAUGGUUGCGCGACGGCUCCAGAGUCUUUUUCUCACCUUGGAAAUGCCGCGGCUCUUGGGGGCGUUCCCGGGGACGUCGAGAGGUUCGGGCGUGUCUACUUUCCGUCGCGAGGUCGCCAAGUAAAAUGUCGUUGCGCGCCCGCCUCUUGUCGAUGGUGUCGUUGUGCGUCUGCCCGGAGGCUCCUGGACGACGGCGGCGGCUGCCGGUCGCUCCCGCUGAGCGCCGAGCAGCGGGACGUUUGCCGCCAGCGAAGCUUCCUGGCGCCCAGCAUCCGGGACGCGGCCCGGAUGGCCGUCAGCGAGUGCCAGAACCAGUUCCGGCACGAGCGGUGGAACUGCUCCACCGGCCGCCACCCGUCCGUCUUCGGCCACGAGCUGACCAGCGGAACCAAAGAAACGGCCUUCGUGUACGCGGUGAUGGCGGCCGGUCUGGUGCACGCCGUCACCCGCUUCUGCAGCCGCGGCAACGUCAGCGAGUGCGGCUGCGACGCCCGCCUCCAGGGGGCGGCGGCGGCGGCGGCGGGGCCGGGGGAGUCCUGGCACUGGGGGGGCUGCUCGGACCACGUCCAGUACGGGACCCGGUUCAGCCGCCGCUUCCUCACGCGCGGCGCCGUCAACGUCUCGGAGGGAACGCGCGCGCAGGCCCUCGUCCGGAUGAACGCGCACAACAGCGAGGCCGGCAGGCAGGCGGUGGCGACGACGAUGUCCACGGACUGCCGCUGCCACGGCGUUUCGGGCUCGUGCGCCGUCAAGACGUGCUGGCGCACCGUGGCGCCGUUCGGGCGCGUGGGCGCCUACCUGAAGGAGCGCUACGAGCGCAGCGUGCGCCUCAAGAGGAAGCGCCACGGAGGGCGCCCCCCGCUGGACAAGCACCAGCUGGUCUUCGUCGACAAGUCGCCCAACUACUGCGUGGAGGACCGGCGCGGCGGCGUGCUGGGCACCAGGGGGCGCCGCUGCAACCGCACCUCCGGGGGCCCCGACGGCUGCGAGCUGCUGUGCUGCGGGCGCGGCUACAACACGCGCGUGGAGCGCCACGUGCACAGGUGCGCCUGCAAGUUCGUGUGGUGCUGCUACGUCCGCUGCGGCCGCUGCGAGAGCAUGAGCGACGCGCACGCCUGCAAGUGAAAGCUUCCACAAAUAAAUCUUCCACAUUUGACCAACA